CGUACGACAAGUCCUGUGUGCAUUCCUCUGAUUGUUUAUGCUGACAUUUCACAUGGAUAAACACAAAACGUACCCUAAAUACAGUGUGCUACGUGAAAGGGCGAUUUUAAAUAAUGCCGCUGCGCUCUUUCGUCACAGGUGCAUCAUUUCGUGAAGUUCUACAACAAGACUGCUAAUUAUUCCAAUAUCGCAUUUAUUUACACGUCUAAAUGUGAUUGAAUGGAGGAAAGAGUGUCUGCAAAGGAAUAUGUUAAAUUCUCGGUUUUGAAUCAUCAGAAAACUAUUAGUAUAGGGCUCGUGCAGUAUAUGAGUACUUACUAAUUUCUUUACUUUUUCGACGGAAUACUUGCUUCUGAGUGAUUAAAGAAACCAAAAUAAAAAAAGUGAUUCCAGACUUGCAACGCCUUUCGUUCGUAUACGCGAUACGGGCAGAAUAUUGACCCUAAAGUGGAUUUCUGCUUUGAAUUGCAUUACUGUUAAAAGACUGUUGACACGAUAUCUAAAAAUAAUAGCAGCUAAAGCUGUCCAACAACUACAGUCAGGUACACUCGGACACUAUCAUAUAACUGACUUGCAUACGUUGUCUCUGUUAUAUACAUUUCCGUAUUUCGUACAAAAGAGAUAAUUUCGUAAGAUUUUUCAACUGUUUUUUACUCGGGCUUGACCUUCUCACGUGUACACACCUUUUGCGAAGCUGUUCGCGGUAGACUCCGCGCUAUAGUAGGUACAUUCCAGUGUUUCCGUGUUGUGACUAUAGACACCGACGUCGGACGUUCUGCUCGCCUUUCUGCUGGAAACGCCCCCUCACUGCACCGUUCGGCGACUCAACCGGGUGGGACCUGUUGUUCUCCGCAACGGAUACCGCUGCAAAUUCGCAGCUGUCUUCCACAGUAAACUACGAAUCGUCGCUGUCGUGACUGGUCACAAGGAUGGGACUAAAUUGCUUCCGGACGUGAAGUCUGUUCAACAAUCCCGUAAAAACUGCCUCUGAAAAACAGGUCGCGGCGGGCCAUGGAGACAGCGGCGGUCCGCCCGGGGAGACGCCGGCCUGCAGCCAUCCCCGUGUCGCCGCCCCGGGUGCCCACCCCCGUGCCCGCUGGGGAUGCCAGGACUUCGGCGCGGCACCACCCUCAGCAGCAGCAGCAGCAGCAGCAGCAGCAGCAACAACAACAACAACAGAGGCAACAGCUGCUGCAGCACCAAGGCAAGCAGCACCACUGUCAACAGCUACAGCAGCAGCCGAUGCAGCAGCAGCAGCUGCAGGUGCACAAGCAGCAGCAGCCGCAGCUGUCGGAAGCUCAGCCGCACGUGCCGGCCAGCCUGGCCGCCAAGCAGUUCCUCGAGCACAGCGUCGAGGCCUGGAUAAACCCCCGAAUAUACGCCAAGGUGGACGCAGAGGCGGUGCGUUCCCUGGGCGACUACCGGCGCGCUCCUGGCGGCGGCCGGCCGCACCACCACGGACAACAGCCGGCCACCGCCGCCGCCACCAACGGCGCCAGGCACGCCACCGCCAACGGCAACAACAAUACGUCCAACAAUAACAACAAUAACAACAACCGGCGCCAGCACCACGACAACGUGCAGAUGGUGGCUGCCGGCGAGGAGCAGUCGUCGCGCGGGCAGAGGAGGCGGCCGUCGCUGGAGGCGUCAGGUGGUGCCAGCGUGUACACGUGCAACUCCUCGCAGGCGUCCGCCGCGGCGGCAUUCUUCGCCAGGUGA